AUAGCAGAGAACAAUGCUGUGUAGGAGGACAGAAAUAAAAGAAUGAGCAACCUCGAUAUAAUAACUGCUGCCAAAAAUGGAGAACUGCAGACGGUGAUUAAUUGCGUCAAUUACGGAGUUUCCGUAGAUACCAGAGAUAAAGAUAAUGCUACGCCGUUAUACUGGAGCUGCUGUCGUGGUUACACGAAGCUAAGCGCCGAGCUAAUCAAACUUAAACCUGACCUCAACGCCAAGGUCACGUGGGGGUCUACUGCAUUGCAUGCGUCAUGUGACCGCGGCCAUAUUGCCUGUGUGACGUUAUUAAUUCAGAGCGGCGCUGAUCUAGACAUCCAAAACAAGACAGGGAAUACCGCCCUACAUUUGUCAGCGUACAGGGGCAAUAUUGACAUAGUGAAGUUAUUGGUCCAAAAUGGAGCUAAUGUAUUCCUCCGCAACGAGAAAAGAAGAAGUGCGGCAGAAGAAGCGGAAGCUGGAUUCCAUACACACACAUCUCAGUUCCUUCAGAGAAAAAUGAAAGAUUACGAAAACAAAUGGAGGGAAAGUGAAAGCAGAAUACACAGUUGUCCAGAGAUUAUUAGAAGAAAAAUUAACGAAACUGCGUCGGAAUCUGAUUCUUGCACACAGAGGAAUAAUAACUCACACAGGUGCUUGUCAGCCACACUUACGGAGUGUUUCACAUCCGACAGUCAAAAUAAUUGCACCAAAACAUGCUCUUGUAGAGAAAGUGAAGUUAAGGAGAAAAGUAACGUACAAGACAGUGAUAUUUUGAAAGGUUGUAAGGUUCCAAGCGCGGCAGACGAUCGAGAAUCUCUGGUAGCUUUGGUGGAAAAACUUCAACUGCAAAUAGUAAAAAUCAAAGAAGAAAUCGUUCAGAAGGAUAAAAAGAUUAAGGAACUAAGUGUUUUGAAUGAAGAAAUGACUUCUGAGCUGGGAAAGUAUAAAACCGUCUGCAAGAGACUUAACGAACAGAAGACAGCUUUGGAAGAAAAAAUGAGGGCACACUCCCCGCUUAAAAACUCGGUUGAUCAUUUGUAUGAUUUCUUACAAGAGACCUCACAAGUAAACCCCUCUUGUUCAUUUACGGAUAAUUAUUUUCAAGUCUUGAAACAGAGAGUGAGACAGAAGUGGUUUGAGCCUCCAUCUGAACCAGCUAUAGACACGCCCCUGAAGGAGUGGUUUCCAGGGACUGAUUACGUAGUCAAUGGUGAUCGACCAACCAAAACAGAGACUAAUGGAUUUGAAUCCUUGACAUUUCUCAUUAAACAUUUAAAGUCUGGAAAGUUUUGUGAUCUCAAGAUGAAACUGCUAAGUGAUGAUCCUAGUGCCUCCAAAUUCGGAUAUUACUCUCUGCAGCAAAGUGCUCUGGAAAUCCAAAAACUCAAUAUACUUUCAAACUUAAAACAUCCAAAUAUCCUGAAAUCCUUGCACGUCUUUCGAGGAACAACGGAUAGAUUUCGCAAAUUUUUAUCAGUGCUAGUUCCACAGCCACGAGGAUCGUCGAAUUCCACUGAAAUUCCAAGACAGGCUUUUUUCCUUGUGACGGAGCAUUAUUCCCAUACCCUUCAGUCUUUCAUAACAACACUGCGGGGAGUGACCCCGGUUCCUUUAUACGGGUUAACGGAUGAGUUUCUCCUAUGUAUAGUUUACCAGAUCCUGUCUGCACUCUGUUAUAUGAAGCGACAUGGAAUAGUCCACAGAGACCUACAUCCGGGAAAUGUGUACAUGACCGAACGUUUUUGUCCGGUGAUUGGAAAUUUUGAUAUGGCUGCGUGUGUUCUUGACAACGACAAUCAGCAGGUGGUGCUUCAGGAGCAAUGUCAAAUUAUGGCGGGAAAUUCAAAUGCUUGGGCACCUGAACUUUUACAGUACAAUAGUAAUGCACCGCAGCUGAUAUCAAAGAAGGUAACACUAAUGAGUAUAUAUGAAAAAUCUGACCUCUACGCAGUCGGAAGGAUGCUACACACGCUUCUUCUUCCUCUGGAAAUCGACAAGAAAUUCCAGCAGACAAUUGAAGAGAAUCCAUGUUACAAGUCACAGGAGAUACCGGAACUUCCGGUUUCUGUGCCACGUGGUCUGAAGAUUUUAUUGAAGAAUCUCGUUUAUAGUAAUCCUUCUGAAAGACUAAGUGAUCAGCAAUCCAAACUCUUCAUUGGACUCCUCAUAUUCGCCCCAAAGACUAAGGAACUACGUAACAUUGACGAUAUUCGGACGUAUUGUCACUCAUGCAUGCUCAGUUUAUUAGGACAAGAUACAAAAAUUUUGAGCACACCAAACCCAACCUUUGAAGAAAUCCAAAGAGUGAUUUUACCGGAACUGGAAAGUGACUUUUUAUCUACUGCAGGAGAUCAUUCAUACUUUGAUAUGUACAAAAGAGUUUGUUCUCUAAAGUGUUUACAAUAAAAAUGAGAUUUUA